AUGAAUAAGAUGCUAAGCUCUAAACUUUUGUCCAAAGAAACGAAAGAGAAACUGUAUACUUCUUUUCUACGUCCCAUAGUAAUGUAUGCAUGUGAUGCAUGUGAGACAUGGUCUACGGCACAAGGAGACAAAGAAAAAUUACUUACCUUCGAAAGGAAAGUCCUAAGGAAAAUUCACGGACCUGUUCGACUUCAAAAUGGUGAAUAUGAGGGAAGGAAAAAUAAAGAUCUGGAAAUAUUAUUUAACAAGCCGAAUAUAAGAUUAUUCUUGAAGGCAAAGCGCUUGGAAUGGGCUGGCCACGUCUGGCGAGCUGACGAAAAUAUUAUAAAAAAUGUCUUAAUCAGAAAUGUAACAAAAAUGCGGCCAAGAGGAAGACCUCGCCAGAAAUGGAUAGACAGGGUAAAGAAGGAUAUUUUAAAUACUGACAACUCAAAACGAUUAGAUGACGCAAUGGACCGGAAUGGAUGGAGAAACUUGAUGGAAGCAUGCAAAAGGCCUUAA